AUGUCAUAUAACUCCCGAAUAUCUGAGCUAGCGCAUCAAAUAGCUCGCUUUCGACGACUUUCGGAUUCCAAUUUCGUACACGAACUCGACGCAGAAACCACGCGCCUGGCCGUCUUCAUAGAAGCCAAGGAAGAACCUCCGCUAUCAACACGUCUAUUCCAGUAUCCAGUCGACUGGGAUAUUGAUCGGAGCGUACUCAGUAAGGCUGUCAAGGAGUUUCUACGAUUAUCUGCACGUUUUAGGAUUACGGAAGAUCCUCUAUACCUUCAAUCGCCUUUACUUUCGAUCAAGACACCAGAGAGAGCUCUAGGUCGGUCACAAUCACGCUCACGUUCGAGAUCCCGUUCAGUAUCCUCUAUAUCCUCUAUCUCUCAAGCCACGAAAUCCGCCACUCAGGAGCCCACCGACGUGGUGCUACUCGUUCCUUCCAAGGAAGAUCCUUUGGAUCCAGACCCGAUUGCUCCUUCCCUUUUAAGUCAUACACCAGAGCGGACGUCUAUAGCCCUGCCUAGUCCCGAUACCGUACGACAAGCACCUCGUUGGACGGGAGCGAGAUCAUCCCUGACCGAUCGUUCCUUUAAUGCGUUUAAUACGUUAUCUUCACUAGCAAAGGCCACAUCAGGAGUACUGCAACAGUCUGCGAAACAAGUUGCAAAAGCUGUCCCUCACGUGGUUGAAGCUCUCGACGCCGCAGUGCAGCUGGAAGUUCCUGUACAACUUCCUUCAGCAGAUACAGAAACGCCAGGUUCUUUUCCUACGAGCCCGGAGACGCUGCUUGCUUUCGAUUCUUUGGCAAAGCGGAGGAGUAAAGAUACUUUACUCGUGCCUGAAGACGACGAAGCAGGAAGAUCCUGCGCCGAAGAGCCAGAGAGCUCAGUAACCCCGACUAGCCGUACCCCGACAAAAGCAACUCGCACUGCGUCCUAUACCAAACAGAAAUACAAGCCGAAGCUGCCUCGUUUUUCGUUCAGAAACAACAUGUCCGGAACGACUGGCAUUGGUGGAUCUUCCCACCAUGAUGAGGGCCCAGGACAAGGCCGCAACAACUCAAGAAGGCCGGAUCCGCCUGAAAAUCAGCCGUCAAUAGCUGACAUGGUUGCUCAGAUCCUGCUUAACCAACAACAAAUGGAUAAUCGGAUGAGAUCGGUAGAAAAUAUCGCAGGGAACUUCCAAGAACUCAUGGAUCGAGAGAAGGCGAACGCAGCAGCUGAUGCUGAUGCCGAUAUCGGAGCAGGUGGGAAUGCAGAUGCAGAUCGUCCUGACGACGCACAACAGGACAAUCAGCCACCUGAGGGGCGUCCUGAAGGGCGGCUUUACGAACAUCCUGAACGACGAAGAAGGAGGCUGAACAGAAAUCGAAACGGUGCAGCUGGAGGGAAUCCAGACGACGAUCCGGAUGAUGACGACGACGACGACGACGAUAAUAAUCCCAAUGAUGACAAUCUUAACGGUUUUCGACCCCAGAACAGACGUCGGCGACGCAGGAACGUCCAAUGGGAAGACGAACAGAAUCGCCCCGCCAACGGCAAUGGUGGUGGCCCUUGGCGAACUGACGAAAUCGGAUAUUUCGAUCCCGACAUUCCGGAGGACGUCUCGAUCAAACACUCCGGCAGAGAGGUUUAUUACAAGGACGUUAACGUCUUUGUGGACCGGCUCAGGGACAUCGUCGAUUAUAAAGGUGAACCAAUGGUAAAAGCGAACAUUCAGGCCACGCUUCGAGGAUCGGCCCUGGAUUGGUUCACUUCCGAACUGACAGUCUUUGAAAAAGACGCUUUAAGAAGACUAGACCUGGAGAACGGCUGGUUUACUCAAAUUGUGCGGAGAUUCCGUCCCCGCAUUUCUGAAGCAAGAUCUAAAGUCAAUUCCCUCCGCUAUGGCUUUAGCGAUCUGCACGAUGGGAUAACACCUAGGAAAUUCGUUCAAGAGGCUGUACGCGCAUGCAAAGCUGCAAGGAUGGACGACGUGUACUCUCAAAUAACAACUGCGUGGUGUGCUUUUGAACCUUCACUGCGAAGAGAUCUUCCUGAACCGGACGAGGAUACGACUUUGAGCCAGUUCAUCGAGAGGAUUGAAUCUAAAACUGCUACCUGGCAAGAUCUAGCGGCCCAGUACGCAAGGAACCGUCGCUCCAACACCGGUAAAGCGCAACAUCCCCAAAGAAGCACACCCAGAGACACUCCUCCUUACAGGAACUUCUCUAACGACACCAGGCAACACAUCUACGUCCCAGUUCCCGUCUACCCUAGGCAGCAAAAUCCCUGGUCACAACAGCAAAACCCCUGGCCACAACAGAACCCUUGGCCAAACCAGCAACAAAGGAACUUCCGUCAGUCGUUCCCAGCACAAGGUCAAAUCCAGCAGCCGCAACCAAAUAGAGAAUCUAGCGCUCCACGAGCUGGUCAGCUUCAGAUAGCGGACAGACCUUAUAAUUCUCCUACCCCACAAGCACAACCGCAACAGCGAGUUGCAGGAUUUUCUAGGACAGGCAAUAACAACUUCAACCGACAGCCGUGGAAUCAGCAACGUGCUCAACGUGCUUUCCUUGCUGCUGCAAAUGAGACUGAACACAUAGGGACUUCCAGCGAAGCGGCCAAUCAUGUGACAGAAGGCGCCCCGGAUUCAGACACGCAAUGCCAACAGCAAGGCAUCGAAGAAGCGUAUCAUGGAUCUCUUGAGCCCUUGGACGAUCCAUACGCGUACUAUAGCCCUGACUACGAAUACAAUGACAAUGACGAAGCCUAUUCUUUUAAUGUUACUGUCGAAACCGAAAUUCCUACCCUGACCUGCCCGGUUUGCCCUGAGCGAUUUGCCUCAUCAAACAAACUCAAACAGCACGCAAAGGACCAUCCAGAAACGCAACACGGGUUAGAGGACAGCAUGGAGUUUGACAAUGCUGCUAAAGUCAUAUCCUCAGAAGAGAUGCCUGCACUGGAGGAUAUUGGCCUACGUUCAUGGAGAUACGCCACAGCAAAAGUCCAUGUAGGUGGAACUUCCCACGCAGAGGACCUUUGUUUAGAUACCGGCAGUUCUGUUACAAUAGCAGAUGAAUCCUUUAUCAAAAGCAUUCUGCCGGACGCCCCUCUACAAAAGGCGAAGCCAAUGGCUGUUUCAGGCAUUGGAUCGAAACAUAUUGCCACGCAGUUUACAGAUGUUCCGUUGUACUUCUCCGGCAUAGUUGAUGGCCAGAGAGUAUACGGCAAAGUUAUCGCUCGCGUGUACCUUGUCAAAGAUCUAAAGAUCAAAGUCCUGAUAGGUAUGGACACGUUGGCCAGGGAGAGGAUUACCCUAGACCUAGGCAACUGCACAGGAACCCUGCAAUCCUGCAAAGACCUGGACUUUCCUUUGCAAGUGCACGCUAAACGUUGUCGAGUCACAUCCAUCCCAGUGUACGCGGUACAGCGUAUCACAAUACCUCCGCACUCGUCCGUGGCAGUUCCCGCAAAGGUCAAAGCCGAUCUUCCUGACAGGGAUUUUGUGUUUGAACCCCGCCAAGCGCACGAAGAUUUGCUAUAUGCCCAUCUUGUUGGUCAACAUUUCUCAUAUGUUGAAGCAGUAAACGCCACGGAUCGUCCGGUUGUUAUACCCAAGAAACACCGAUUGGGCCUUAUCUCAGACGUCGACUACCUAGUAGCCAACCGAGUGGACGUACAAUACCUUCAGGAACAACAUACUUUUGCAGUGGAAGAAGACAAUGUUCCACGCAAGGACUUCCACGAAACUUCGACACCAACAGAACCACCAGUCGUUCAAAACGACGACCAAAACCCCAAAAUCAACAUCGGUCCUACCAACGGUCCUAUCAAAAAACUACCCAACGGCAUCAGCAUUUACGGUUCUUCCGACAGCCAACAGGUAAAGGCUUUCGAAGCAUUGGUAUACGAAUUCGCCCAUCUAUGGGAAGAGUCUUCUGGAGUUGUUAACAUUCCUGAAUCCCAAUGGAUGCAAGUCAUCAUGAAGGAUGGCUGGGAACAACGCUUACCAAAACCAAGGAUAUAUCCUCUCGGUCCUGAAGCUAGGAAGGCAGUGGACAAACUUUUCGAUUCCCUACACGCACAAGGCAAGAUGUCCUGGUGUACAGGACACACACCUUCUGCCCGACCGGUAUUUGUCACAUAUAGAAAAGUCUUCGACGCUGCAACAAAAACAUGGAAAGUCAAGGAACGUCCAGUAGUUGAUCUACGCGACCUAAAUAGCCGCGUGCAACCAGAUUUAUACCCGGUACCAACACAGGAAGAGAUCAUCGCAAUGAUCGCCGGCUGCCUCUACAUAACAGUGGUGGACGCAGCCAGGUUUUUCUACCAGUGGAUGUUGGCUAGGAGCGCCCGCAAACACAUGGCAGUUAUUACUCAUAGGGGACAGGAACAGUUCCACGUUACCGUUAUGGGUUUUAUAAACAGCGUCCCAUACGUCCAACGCGUUAUGGACCUCUCCCUAAAGGAACUUAAGGAAUUCUGCCGCGCCUACGUCGACGACCUAGUGGUUGCCUCCGAGACCCUAGAGGAGCACCUGGAACAUCUUCGGCUGCUCUUUGGGAAGCUUAGCGAUUUGAAUAUACGCCUUGAACCAACAAAAUCUUUUAUAGGAUUCCCAUCAGUCCAGCUCUUAGGACAACAAGUUGAUGCCCUUGGAAUGUCCACUGCUGAGGACAAGCUUGCAGCAAUUAAAGCAUUCACUUUUCCCAAAACACUAUCGGAACUGGAAACUUUCUUAGGAGUCACUGGCUGGUUCAGGAACUACAUAGAAAACUACAGCAAAAUCGCUCUCCCUCUUCAAAACACUAAAACCGCGCUUCUUCACGGUGGCCCGGUGGAAGGUCCUGCUCGAAAAGCACGGUCCUUGACAACGGCAGUUGAAAGAUCACCCAGCAACCUCAACGCUUUUCACCGUCUUAAGGAUGCGUUUACUACGCCAAUGUUCCUUGCUCAUUUCCGCCGCCGUCAACAGCUUUAUAUAGACCUUGACUCUUCACUUCAAGGUCACGGCGCUAUGCUGUACCAUUUGAAAGAUGACUACAAGCAUGCGGACGUUCUAAAGCCUCCUCCGCGCACUUCAAUACGCCCUGUGCUUUUCCUAAGCCGAUCCCUUACCGCUGCUGAACACAACUACUGGCCUACCGAACUAGAAAUCUCUUGCCUGGUAUGGGUGCUAAAGAAGACCAAGCACAUCAUCGAAGCAGCGGAUCUUCCAGUUAUUAUUUACACAGACCAUGGCUCAACAAUUGACAUCAUGCGCCAGAAAUCGAUGUCAACGAUCUCGCCAGAGAAAAUGAACCGAAGACUUAUACGCGCAUCCCAAUACGCCCAACAGUUCCGCCUACGAAUUUUCCACCGCCCGGGCAAGACAAACACUAUUGCCGACGCAUUAUCCCGCAUAAAGAAACCGCCUCCACAGCCCAACGAGUUUGACCUCGACUGCCUAUGGACAAACCAGGAAUACGCCCACACUGUAUCAUGCCUUGAAAUCUCGGAUGAGUUCAAACAACAGGUCAAGGAUGCUUAUCCUGACGACGCCAGAGCGAGCCUUAUCCUAAAGGUGUUACGCGAAUCAAAGGAUCUUCCUUCCCCUGCGGAACUACCUUACAAAGAGGAGGACGGCCUGUUGUACAUGCUAAAGCAAAGGAUGAAUCUGCACACUAACACGUCCGUAUACCCCGAACUGCCUAACCGAGGAACUUCCAACCGAGGAACCUCCGAUGACCAAGGAGAAUACUGGCUCUACCUCCCUCGCUCUAUACUGCCACGAUUCUUCAAACUAAUCCAUGAUCACAACGGUCAUCAAGGCCUGGACAAAUGUUUGGAAAGCAUGCACGGUUUUACAGCGUACAAAGCUCGGACUCUCCUCAGGGACUAUAUUGCACACUGCCCAACAUGCUUGGAAAAUAAGCCCCGUCACCAUCGACCACUAGGCUACUUGCAGCCAAUAACACCACUUCCUGUCCCGUUUCACACUAUUACAGUCGACUUUAUUGUACGCCUUCCUCCGGUAAAGGACAAAGAUCAACUCCUUGUUAUGUGUGACAAAUACACAAAGCGCAUUGGCCUACUUCCCGGAACUUCCACAUGGAAAUCUGAUAAAUGGGGUUAUGAGCUAGUCCGCUACUUUCAAGCACACGACUGGUCGAUACCUGAAAUCUUUAUCUCUGACAGAGAUUCCAGGUUCAUGAGCAAAUUCUGGAAAGGAAUGCUAAAGGCUAUGAAUACCCACUGGCUAUAUUCAACCGCAUUCCAUCCCCAAACGGACGGCCAGACUGAACGGACGAUCCAAACGGUUGAGAUUAUGCUGCGGCACACGAUAACUGCCUCCCCAAAUACAAACUGGAUUGAUAUGCUUCCGCCAAUCAUAGCUACAAUUAACGGAUCUGUCUCCACCGCGACACAGCACACUCCUCAAAAACUACUAUUUGGCUUGGAUUUUCGACGCCCAUGGAAUCUCCUUAAGCGCAUCUGGCCCCAGGACUUCAGCGCUCGUUUUGAUGCUGAAGAAGCUUUAAAAUAUGCUUCGAUGUCCAUGAAAUCCUAUUACGACAAGAACCGACAGCCAUUAGACCUGCAAAAAGGUGACCUUGCCUACCUCCGCUUACACAAAGGAUAUACCCUGCCAGUUACUCGCCUACAAGGACAUCCCACAAAGUUCUCUCCUCAAUACGCUGGCCCCUUCCAAGUCAUCGAGCGUGUCGGCCGAUUAUCGUACCUAAUGGACUUCCCACCUUCUUGGAAGAUCCAUCCAGUUGUGUCUAUUGCUCAGCUAGAACCAACACAUCCAGAUCCUUUUGGCAGAGAGCACCAUCAUCCCCCCGCAGUACUGGAUGAGCGAUUCCCCGACGAGCCCGAUCGCUGGGAAGUACAGAGAAUCCUGGCAAAACGCAUUGUACCGCGAGGCCGCUAUGGAACUCCCGUAACACAGUACCUGGUAAGAUGGAAAGGCUACGGAGCUAGCGAUGAUCAAUGGGAGCCCCGCAAGCACCUCGAUGGCGCCGAGGACCUAAUACACGAAUUUGAAUCCGGGCAGCAGGCGGAAGUUGAAGCCGAAGAUCUUUGCUAA